AUGUCCAAGCUCAUCACUGUCUUCGGUGCCACUGGCAACCAGGGCGGCUCCGUCAUCAAGCACAUCCUCGCCGACCCAGUCCUCUCCAAAGAAUUCAAGGUCCGAGGCAUCACCCGCGAUGCCUCCAAGCCCGCCGCCCAGGCACUCACCAAGCAGGGCGUCGAGAUGAAGAGCGCCGACAUGAACUCCAAGUCCUCCCUGACCGCCGCGAUCCACGGCUCCCACACCGUCUUCCUCGUCACCAACUACUGGGAGUCGGUCCAGUACUCGGUCGAGGUCACGCAGGGCAAGAACGUGGCCGACGCCGCCGCCGACGCGGGCGUGCAGCACCUCAUCUUCUCGACGCUGCUCAACGUCACCAAGCUCACGGCCGGCCGCCUCGGCCACGUCCCGCACUUUGACGGCAAGGCCGACAUCGCCGACUACAUCCGCCACGAGACGAACGUCCCCGCCACCUUUUACCUGCCCGGCUACUUCAUGAGCAACUUUGCGCAGAUGCUGCAAAAGGCCGACGAUGGGAAAUCAUACACCUUGGCUUUCCCUGUCGGCAAGGACGCCCCGUUCCCGCUCGUCGACAUCGCUGAGGACACGGGCAAAUUCGUCAAAGCCAUCAUCAAGAACCGCGACCGCCUCCUCGGCGCCUCCGUCUUCGGCGCCGCCGACUACUACUCCCCCGAGCGCAUCCUCGCCGAGCUGGAGGAGGUGACGGGCAAGGAGGCGACGUACGUCCGGGUCUCGCCCGAGCAGUACAAGGGCGCCCUGCCCGACUUCAUGGCCGAGGAGAUGCUCGAGAACCACCUUUUCAUCGAGGAGCCGGGGUAUUAUGGGGGGGCGGGGUUGGAGGGGAGUUUGGCGAUUUUGGAGGAGGGGGAGAGGCCGGUGUCGUGGAGGGAGUUUGUGGGGAAGAGUGGGUUUUAG